CGUUUAAUUUUGGCACUCUUGACAUUCCGUAGUAUUUACAUCCUGAUAAACCAAUAUGGCGUCAGGCGGUUAGCGAGACAGCUGAUUAUGUGCACAUUUUUUAAAUUAUUAUUGUUUUAAGCACAUAUUUAAGGGUUUUGCCGACACAGUUAUUUAGAGCUAGGUUUUAAAAUAAUGUCAAACUGCUGUGAAGUCGGUCAACUGUGCGUGUUUCGGUUGGAAGGAUGGUAGUCAGUUUGCUCUGACAGGCAGCAGCUUCGUCAUCUGUGAGCCAUGACGGAGGUGGAGGAGCUGCGGCCGGUUCCCCGGGAGCGGGCCAUCCUGGAGAGCUUCUUCACGCAGCUCGGUCUGUUUUCUUUCGACCGGGCCAAGGACUACGUGGAGAAGGAGAAGGAUAACAGCAGGAGCGCCGGAGCCGCCGGGGCCAUCUGGGCCGCGCUGCUGGCCGCGCUGGCUCACCUGGCCGCCGCGGAGAAGGCGUACCACAACAUGACCUUCCUGGGACAGAAGAUGGGCGGCCAGUCCUUCUUCAGCCGCAAAGACUCCAUCCGAACCAUCUACACCUCCCUGUACAACGAGCUGAGGAAAGUGGUGACGAUGGGGCGCCACAGCCAGCCGGGCUCCGCCUCCUACCUGGAGGACCUGCUGUCACACCUGUCAGAGCAGCUCUGCCACUUCACCCAGGCCCGCAUGGAGAUGGCCGACCUGUACGAGAAAAUGCACUCUCUGGGCAGCCAGAAGAGCAUCAACUCAGACGAGCUGGUCACCACGCUGGAGGCCGUCCUGCACAAAUACAGCUCCAAAUUCCACCACCCCAUCCUGGGCCGCGUGGAGGAGAGCUUCCAGACCGAGGUAGACGUGGUGACCCAGUUACUGCGCUGCCAGGCCCAGGUGUCCGAGUGGCAUUUCCUGCCAGCUCUGCUCAGCCUGCACGGCGCUAACUCCAAGCUCACCGCCUGGGGCCAGCUGUUCCAGCGGCAGAAAGAAACCCGCAAGCAUCUGUUCGGAGGUCAGUCCCAGAAGUCCGUGCAGCCUCCUCACCUGUACCUGUGGCUGCAGCGCUUCCAAGCGGCGCUGCUCGCCAAGUUCAGCUUCUACUUCCACGAAGCGCUGAGCAGGCAGACGGCUCCGGCCGACAUGAGAGCCCUGACCGCCCGCACCACGCCGGACUACCACGGCAAGAUCUGCUCCUUCAUCCGCAAACACGACGCCAGCAACGUGUCUCUGGUGUUUGACAACCGCGGCUCAGAAAGCUUCCAGGGCCACGGCUACCACCACCCGCACUCGUACCGAGAAGCACCGAAGGGCGUGGAGCAGUUCCCCGCCGUGGUGUCCCUGCCGUCAGGAGAACGGCCGCUCACGCACUGGCCUAACGUCAUCAUGAUGAUGGGGGACCGCGCCGCCGAGCUCAACACUCUGGACAAGGUGGUGCACUUCUAUGAUGAUAAAGUCCAGAGCACCUACUACCUGACGCGGCCCGAGCCACACUUCACGCUUGUGGUCAUCUUCGACGGCAGGAAGUCAGAGAAGGAUUUGCACAUCGCCGCCUUCCUGCAGGAGAUCUCAGGCUCGCUGAGAAACUCCAAACCCUUCAGCACCCUCAAACCUGGGUCGAAGGGCUGAACUUCACACACACACACACACGCCUGAAGAAACUCAACUAAUACUGAACCUGUUUGCUCGAAUCAUUUCUCUUCUAUCUUCUUUGUGAAAAGUUGUUUUCUGUGGUCCAACGACUGGUUGAUUCAGCGGUCCUUUUAUGUUGCUUUGAAUCUCAUUUUGCCAAAAAUAUUCCAGACCAAAGACAUGCACCACUUGUGUAGUGUUUCCCUCCCACAAAGGAUCACUCUGUGAAUUUAUUUUACUCGCUGAUUCUUAGGCCAAUGACAGCAUAACACACGCCUCCACCUUGUGAGGAAUAGAUGCGCUGCUAGUGCUCCAUGCCUUUGUUUAAUUAAUUUAUAAAGGAUUUUAAUUAUUUUGCAUCAAUUACCAUUUUAACAUGUUUUUUUUUUUGUUUUUUUAAUGAUACUG